UCCCUCCCUGCUGGCCCUCCUCCCCUUCCCUCCCCUCCGCCCCCUUCCCUGUAGGCAGCCGGCCCGCCAGCCCGCGCGUCCGUACUGCCUGCCUCCCGGCCCCUGGCGCUCGGGCUGGGUCUCUCCCCCGCCCCCAGGCUCCCCCGGUCGUUCUCCUCAGGCGGUCGCCGGCGCUCGGUGGAUGUGGCUGGCAGCCGCCGCCCCCUCCCUCGCUCGCCGCCUGCUCUUCCUUGGCCCUCCGCCUCCUCCCCUCCUCAUUCUCCUCCUCAGCCGCUCCUCUUGCCGCCGCCGCCGCCUCCACAGCCUGGGCCUCGCCGCGAUGCCGGAGAAGAGGCCCUUCGAGCGGCUGCCUGCCGACGUCUGCCCCAUCAAUUACAGCCUUUGCCUCAAGCCCGACUUGCUGGACUUCACCUUCGAGGGCAAGCUGGAGGCCUCCGCCCAGGUGAGGCAGGCAACCAAUCAGAUUGUGAUGAAUUGUGCUGAUAUUGACAUUAUUACAGCUUCAUAUGUACCAGAAGGAGAUGAAGAAAUACAUGCUACAGGAUUUAACUAUCAGAAUGAAGAUGAAAAAGUCACCUUGUCUUUUCCUAGUACUCUCCAACCAGGUACAGGAACUUUAAAGAUAGAUUUUGUUGGAGAGCUGAAUGAUAAAAUGAAAGGUUUCUAUAGAAGUAAAUAUACUACCCCUUCUGGAGAGGUGCGCUAUGCUGCUGUCACACAGUUUGAGGCUACUGAUGCCCGGAGAGCUUUUCCUUGCUGGGAUGAGCCUGCCAUCAAAGCAACUUUUGAUAUCUCAUUGGUUGUUCCUAAAGACAGAGUAGCUUUAUCAAACAUGAAUGUAAUUGAUCGGAAACCAUAUCCUGAUGAUGAAAAUGUAGUGGAAGUGAAGUUUGCUCGCACACCUGUCAUGUCUACGUAUCUGGUGGCAUUUGUUGUGGGUGAAUAUGACUUUGUAGAAACAAGGUCAAAAGAUGGUGUGUGUGUCCGUGUUUACACCCCUGUUGGCAAAGCAGAGCAAGGAAAAUUUGCGUUAGAGGUUGCUGCUAAAACUCUGCCUUUUUAUAAGGACUACUUCAAUGUUCCUUAUCCUCUACCUAAAAUUGAUCUCAUUGCUAUUGCAGACUUUGCAGCUGGUGCCAUGGAGAACUGGGGCCUUGUUACUUAUAGGGAGACUGCAUUGCUUAUUGAUCCAAAAAACUCCUGUUCUUCAUCACGCCAGUGGGUUGCCCUGGUUGUGGGACAUGAACUCGCCCAUCAAUGGUUUGGAAAUCUUGUUACUAUGGAAUGGUGGACUCAUCUUUGGUUAAAUGAAGGCUUCGCAUCAUGGAUUGAAUAUCUGUGUGUAGACCACUGCUUCCCAGAGUAUGAUAUCUGGACUCAGUUUGUUUCUGCUGAUUACACACGUGCCCAGGAGCUUGAUGCCUUAGAUAACAGCCAUCCUAUUGAAGUGAGUGUGGGCCAUCCUUCUGAAGUUGAUGAGAUAUUUGAUGCUAUAUCAUAUAGCAAAGGUGCCUCUGUCAUCCGAAUGCUACAUGACUACAUUGGGGAUAAGGACUUUAAGAAAGGAAUGAACAUGUAUUUAACCAAGUUUCAACAAAAGAAUGCUGCCACAGAGGAUCUCUGGGAAAGUUUAGAAAAUGCCAGUGGUAAACCUAUAGCCGCUGUGAUGAAUACCUGGACCAAACAAAUGGGAUUCCCUCUCAUUUACGUGGAAGCGGAACAGAUGGAAGAUGACAGACUACUGAGGUUGUCCCAAAGGAAGUUCUGUGCCAGUGGACCAUAUGUUGGAGAAGGCUGUCCCCAGUGGAUGGUUCCUAUCACAAUCUCUACUAGUGAAGAUUCCAGCCAUGCCAAAAUGAAGAUUCUCAUGGACAAGCCAGAGAUGAAUGUAGUUUUAAAAGAUGUCAAACCAGACCAGUGGGUGAAGUUAAACCUGGGAACAGUUGGGUUUUAUCGGACCCAAUACAGCUCAGCCAUGCUGGAAAGUUUAUUACCAGGCAUUCGUGACCUUUCUCUGCCCCCUGUGGAUCGACUUGGAUUACAGAAUGACCUCUUCUCCUUGGCUCGAGCUGGAAUCAUUAGCACUGUAGAGGUUCUAAAAGUCAUGGAGGCUUUUGUGAAUGAGCCCAAUUAUACUGUAUGGAGCGACCUGAGCUGUAACCUGGGGAUUCUCUCAACUCUCUUGUCCCACACAGACUUCUAUGAGGAAAUCCAGGAGUUUGUGAAAGAUGUCUUUUCACCUAUAGGGGAGAGACUGGGCUGGGACCCCAAGCCUGGAGAAGGUCAUCUAGAUGCACUCCUGAGGGGCUUGGUUCUGGGCAAACUAGGGAAGGCAGGACAUAAGGCAACAUUAGAAGAAGCCCGUCGUCGGUUUAAGGACCAUGUGGAAGGGAAACAGAUUCUCUCUGCUGAUUUGAGGAGUCCGGUCUAUCUGACUGUUUUGAAGCAUGGUGAUGGCACUACCUUAGACAUUAUGCUGAAGCUUCACAAACAAGCAGAUAUGCAGGAAGAGAAAAACCGGAUUGAAAGAGUCCUUGGGGCUACUCUUUCACCUGAAUUGAUUCAAAAAGUCCUCACGUUUGCACUUUCAGAAGAGGUACGUCCACAGGACACUGUAUCAGUAAUUGGUGGAGUGGCUGGAGGCAGUAAGCAUGGAAGGAAGGCUGCUUGGAAAUUCAUAAAAGACAACUGGGAAGAACUUUAUAAUCGAUACCAGGGAGGAUUCUUAAUAUCUAGACUAAUAAAGCUAUCAGUUGAGGGAUUUGCAGUUGAUAAAAUGGCUGGAGAAGUUAAGGCUUUCUUCGAGAGUCACCCAGCUCCUUCAGCUGAGCGUACCAUCCAGCAGUGUUGUGAAAAUAUCCUGCUGAAUGCUGCUUGGCUAAAGCGUGAUGCUGAGAGCAUCCACCAGUACCUCCUUCAGCGAAAGGCCUCACCACCCACAGCAUGAACCUGGAGCAUGCUGCCACUGCGGUUCUGCUGCUUCGUGCAGGGAUAAGGUGGAGCACCGAACAGCUGAUUCAUAUGCCAAGAAUUUGGAGUCCUCUUUCAAGCCAGUGGGGGUUGGACAAUGAAUGUAGUUAACUGGUUCCUGCUCACACUCCAGAAUUAAAUUCUAUUGAAAAAGGAAAAUCAGCAAUUCAGCAAAAAAAAUAAAAAAUAAAAAAAUGUAAAUAUGAUAGUAAUAAAAUAGAGCAUAACGAAACUGUGAAACUUCCUGAAGCCUUGUCAGUGGUUAAAAGUAUUUAACACUCUCCUGUUAAUGACAGAUGUUCUGUUUUUAUAACCUACCAAAAGGAAACUAGAGGCUUCUGGGUAAAGAGGAUUUUUGUGAAAUGGGUUCUACAAGCAGCCUACAAGCCAAGGGUAGUGUCCAUUGCUGGGGAUGUUAAACAUGAAAGGCUGAUAGCUGGUAUAACAUAGAGUCUGUGCAUAAUCUCAAGUGGGUUUUGUUUUGGGUUUUUUUUGUUUUGUUUUGUUUUGUUUUGUUUUUGGCAUGGGGACUGAUCAGGAAGAUAUAUUUUCCUGCAUAACUCAAUCUGAACCAAGGAUUGUAGUUUUCCUCCUUGCUUUCCCUUCUGUGUGACCCCUUGGCAAAAAAAAAAAAAGAAAGAAAGAAAGAAAGAAAGAAAGAAAGAAAGAAAGAAAAGAAAAAAAAACCUAUCCUGGUCUGGGUUUUUUCCUCCCCUAGUUCCAUCCCCAACCCACUACCCUGGUGUCCUUCUUAGAGAUAAAGAAAUAAUAAGGAAACAUCUUUUAUAGCCACAUUAAAUAAGAGAAACUGAUAUACAUUAUUUUUUUCUUUCUUUUUUAAGAUGACUUUUAAGAACCCUGAAUUGCAUAUAGGUGAGACAAUAGAAAUAAAAGGUUUUCAUCCAGGCCUUUCUGAAGGAGUUACUCUGCUGAAAAUGGUCUUAGUUGUCUGACAGGCCAGCUGUUGAAUCUCUUUAUGACAGUAUCAACACUGGCUUCUUCUGGUUCAUUUUGGGCAUGUAAGAAGUCAUUGGUAACUGCUGCAGGGCCUAUAUAUUAGUGGUAACUGGUUUUAAAAACAACAAAGAAUAUAAGCCUGUGUGUGCCACUCUGCUUCCACAGUGUAUCCUACUAACAAGCCUCACCAACCUAAUCCAGUAAAUUUUAAGUCUAAAUCUCAUUCCUUUCCUCUUUCCCUACCUUUUUUCUUUUCUUUUUCUUAAAAAAAGAUAUUUUUGUGUGUUAUUAACAGGAAUUCAUAUUUGGUGUGGCUUAACUAUAUUUCAGAAGGUCAUCAGAUUGUGAGACUGCUUCCUUGAAACAUUUUUGUGCUAUUGUUUUAAAAAAAUAAUUAAAAAAACAGUUGGCGUUAAUAAAAAUGUCAAUGUGAA